AUGACAUUUUCGAUACGAAAGGCGGUCCCGAGUGACCUUCUCGAGGCCCGUGAGACGCAUUUUACUGCCCUCGAAUACUUUCACGCCUUCUACGGGUUGUGGUUUGUCAAUAAGCCAUGGGACAUCAUAUUAGGCGGACAGGAAAACAUGAUCAAUGACCCGAUUCGACAAUUCUUCGUCGCUGUUGACGAUGAUACUGGAAAAGUAGUCGGAUCGUGCGUGUUUUCCAUCAUCCCUGAUGCGGCGACAGUCAAGGCUGAAAAGGAAGCUAAAGAAGCAGCUGAGAAGAAGAAGAAAGAGGACGACCUAAACAACGGCAUUGUUGCGGAGGAGAAGCCCUCCCUUUAUGCGGUCAAGCAACACCUCGAGCCACUGUGGAAGGAAUUCGGAAAACGCGGCGACAGGAUUGAUGCUUCGCAUGAAAAGGCAAUGGAAGGGAAGAAGCACCUCUUUAUUUACCAGUGCAACGUGCAUCCGACGUACCAGCGACGUGGUCUCGGAGCACGCCUCCUGAGCAAGGCUAUUGAAGUGGCCGACAAGGAGGGCCUUGAUGCAGCGCUUACGUCGAGUGAGGCCGGGCGUAAACUGUAUGAGUCCUUUGGGUUUGAAAUUUUGGAUACGGUGGAUGUACCGGGUGGGUUGGUAUCGUGGAUUUCAAAGAUGCGCGAGGCCGAUACCGACGGUGUUGAAAGCCCGGCUAAUUACGAUGAAGCGUUGGCCAAGUACAAGGAUGUCACGGAGAUAGAGUACCCCAUGAUCCGAAGGGCGACCUCGGCAUAG